AUGAGGGCUAUGAAUGUUUCGUUCAUCUCCUUGAGUAAGAAUCUCUCUCUAAAAAAAGCAGAACAAGAGUUGAAGACAUCGUCGCCAACUGUUUUCCAGUUUUGUUGGAAAAAAGAGGAAGUAUAUAUGCAGUUACCUCCGAGUUAUAAUUGUCCUACUCCAGGGAAAGUUUGUAGGUUGCAUAAGUCUCUAUAUGAUUAUUCUUUGUUCAGUUAUAUUCAGGGUACAGUCUCCCUUCAUGUUCUUGUGUAUGUUGAUGAUCUUAUUAUUACUGUUGCUCGUGGUCCGGAAGGUAUAUUUUUGUCUCAGCGUAAAUAUGCUUUAGAUGUGUUAUCUGAGGUGGGAAUGUUAGGUUGUAAGCCUAUAGAUACUCCUAUGGAACAGAACCAUCGUCUUGCAUAUGCCGAGGGGGAGCCAUUCUCUCAACCUGAUUGGUGCAACAUUGGGAUGUGGCAAUCAGGGUACUUCGCUAUAUCAAAGGUAGUCCUUGUCAGGCCUAUGAAGUUGUAUUGUGAUAGUCAAUCUGCUCUCCAUAUUGCUAAAAAUCCUGUUUUUAAUGAUCGUACUAAGCAUAUAGAGGCAGAUUGUCACUUUGUUCGUGAUGAGUUGGUAAAUGGUAAUCUAGCUACUACGUAUGUUCCUACAGGUCAUUAG